UCCGUGUAUCAUUCGUUCUUUUCAUAUUCAAUUGAGAUUCCAAAACGGAAAAUGAAAAAAUGGUUCGUUAUUUCGUUAUUCGUUUACGAAUCUGAUACCAAAAAACGAAUAACGGGUCAUUUUUCGUACUUUCGAUUUAAUGCUCAGAUCAAAAAUAGGAAAUGAAAUAACGGGCCACGGACCGAUUUAGAUUUUGAUAUUUAAUUUGUCCGAUUUGUGUGAACCGGAAGUUAUUGUCUCGUUAGCUUGAUUCAUUUCUUCAGUUUAGAGUUUAACCAAACGUUAGCCUUCAAAACCAUCAUGGAGAGUUUCAUCUUGUUCAGAGGAAGUAAACGGGUGACUGUCAAAGAGCAUAACACAUGUACAGAUUCCCUCUCCAGAAUUCAGGUCGCCCUUGCCAACACUGCAAAUAAGAGGGAGCGAGUGAAGAUUCUCCACAAAAAAAUUGAGGACCUGUUGAAGUAUUUGGACCCCCAGUUCACUGACCACAUCACGGUUCCAGAUUCCAUGAAGCUGGAAUUUAUACUUGCUGAGGAGGAUUUUUUGCUUUCCCAGGCCACCCUUCUGGAGCAGGUCAGCAGUCUCCAGCCACUACUGGACAGCAACUACAUCAGAGAUGUGCCAGAGCAUGCCACCAAGCUGCAGCGUUUGUCCCAGAUUCACAUCAAACAGCAGGACCAAACUGAGGCCCAGUCCUUAGAGGUGAAGAAGCUGUUUGAGGAGUAUAACAAAAUGAUGUUCCUGCUGUCCAAGCAGUUCACUCAAUGGGAUGAGAGUCUGCGGAAAGUGGAGGAGGCAAAGGGCAUCCGUCAAGUGGAGUAGAAAAAAUGAUCAGUGAUAAGUGAGGACAGUAUCGUGGCGUGACGUCAUCCCAGUGUUAAGUGUCCAAUAUGUAACUGGCCCACCUACUGGAUAUCAUUAUUUAUUUACAACAAAAUCUAGAGACAGUCUCUUGGCUUUUUUUAUCCUUCAUAAUUUACUCAAUAAACAAUGUACCCAAUACUUUAAACUCUGCAACACUGCUCCUGGCAGUCACAAGACAGCUUUCUUCAUGGUGGCUUUAUGGCAGAAUAGCAUUGAGGAGAACAUGCACACCAUUUCCACAAAAUGUUGGUUUUAGAUGAUUUUAUAUCAGUCAGCAUGACUGCAAACUUUAGUAAUUACAAUAAAAUGCAUAUUAUUUAACCUAAA